AAAAGAAGCUAAAAAUAUAAACAAUUCAUCAUCGUGAUAUUUUUCAGGGAACCGUUCGACGACUAGGUCGAAUACAAUCUGAUAAUUGCGGCGAAACACACAUAGUGAUAAUUGUUAACACGCCACAAACGGGCUAUUGAGAGGCUAAAAUGGUCAUCAAAGUGGAAAUUAUAGUCGUACAUGAUCAGAACGGAUCUAAGAUAGAUGUAGAUGGUAACAUUGAGGAUAUGUUGAAAACUGUAACUGAUGUACAAAUAUGUGGCUUGACAAACGCAAAUCCAAUUGAAACUGAUAUAACGGAGCGGCUACUUUUGUCGUGCGAUGAGAAUAACAGUGAUCUUAUUCUCAUUAUCGGUGACAUUGGAUUUUCUGAGAAACGUCGUGUAAUUGAAGCAGUCACAAAUGUUAUCCAUAGCAACACUCUUUCUGAACACGUAGCAAUACUGAUAUCAAAUAUAGAAAUGAAGCUGUACAAUCUUGUGUCUAACAAAUUUGUAUACGGAAUACGAAAUCAGACUCUAAUCAUCGAUUUAUCUGGCCUACACAAAGAUCCAAAAGAUUACUUCGAAGCAAUUGCGGAUAUAAUACCGGAGGUGAUAUCUUUGAUACAUAUGGUUAAAGACCAGAACUUGUCGCUAUACGUUGCGCCUAUUUCAAAUAAUUCUACGAUGCAGAACGAGGCCAAUAUUAAUCUCAAGCGCCAGAAAACGUCCACUUCUCCUGUACCUCCUAACAACGUGCACGAUAACAAACGCCAUAAGGAAUCAUUUCCUAUGAUUUCUUUAUCAGAUGCACUGUCCAAGAUGCAUAAAAUAAUAAGUGAGAGUCAAGAGAAAACAGCUGUGGAAGCGGUGCAAGUAAGUGAUGCUUGUGGCAGAAUAUUGUGUGAAAACGUAGAAGCCAAGUAUGACUUGCCAUCAUAUGAAACUGCCGCUGAACAAGGAUAUGCAGUACUGGCGAGUGAUGGAAAAGGCUUAAGGAAGGUGGUGGACGUAGACGAUACACCUCCUUCGACGCCGCUCAAACCUGGGACUUGCAUGCGGGUGAAAAGAGAAGCGUCUAUUCCCGAUGGGGCAACAGCGAUCGUACAAAUAACAGACACGAAACUAGUACAUAAGUUUAGACGCAGCAAUAACACGUAUAUUGAGAUAAAGAUUGUACCAGAAAGCGGACACAAUAUCCAUCCUGUUGGCUACGACUUAGCGAAAGGACAAAUCGUCGCAAAUUCACACGAGCGUAUUAGCUCAAUACAGAUAGCACUUUUGUCAGCUGCCGGCCGCAAAGAAGUCCUGGUCGCUAAACAAAUAUCCAUAGGUGUGUUGUCUAUCGGAAGUAACAUACAAGAGCUUGAAAAUCCUUUGAAACCGGGAUUUAUGUACGACGCUAACCGAAUAACUCUAAUAUCUCUGCUGAAAGAGAAGAAUUUUCAUUCUUUGGACUUCGGCAUUGUGGAUAAUGAGUUGACGCCUAUACAGAAUAAAAUCGAGGAAGCCUUAGAGAAAGUAGAUUUACUCGUGACAACGGGCUCGACUAACGACAGAGAUUUAUUGAAGAUCGUUUUGGAGCAGUGUAAAGCCGAUAUACACUUCGGCAAUGUAAAUAUAAAACCGGGAAAGUCGACGAUAUUUGCAACGUGCAAGAUCGAUGGCGCGAAGAAGUAUCUCUUGUGUCUGUCAGGAAAUCCGACAUCCGCUUUCAUUUGCGCGCAAAUAUUCCUUUUGUCUCUGGUGAACAAUUUGUGCGGCAACUUCCACACGGAAUACUCCGUGAUACCAUCAGUUUCCAUGAAGCAGCAAUACACCUUGCACAGUCGUGCUAGACUUGCAUGGACGGUUUUGGAGUGGAGUCCAGCGAAAGAAUGUGCAUUAGCUUCCAGCAAGGGAAACACUAUCUGCGACAAGCUGGUCAGUGCCGCAGGUGCUAAUGCGCUUUUACUCCUUCCGGAAAAAGGAACCGCGACUGAGAACUUAUCUGACGAGAAAUCGUGCGUCCCAGCUUUUCUUGUCAAACUUCCCAAAAGAUAUGACGAGAAAGCGAAAAAUUUUUGUAAUGCUCACAAAGCACCUGAAAAGACACACAAGAUUUAGGAAAAAGAUUGGU